AAUAAAAUAAAAAUUUCUCUAACAUCAUCGUCCCCUGCAAAACCUAGGGUUUUGAGGCCCCAUGAAGGCCCGAGCGCUCGAGCACCAACGCGGCGGCGGCGGCGGCGGCGGAGAAGGGGAGAGGAGCGAGUGGAAGGAGAAGAAGAAGAGGAGGUGGAGGAACGAGAAGAGGCUCGGGGGAAAAGGGGGGAGCCUCUCCCUCGAAGCCUUCGCCAACGCCAAAUCCAAUCCCUCCGGAUACAACCCCUCCAUCAUCAAGAAGCAAAGAGAAUUCUAUAGAAAUGCCAAAUUCGUGAAGAAGUACAAGAAGACAUUAACGCAACAAGGCCAGCCCAGUGAUCAUAAAACAAUUCCAGAUCUCGAGGAGGACGGUACUUCAGAAAAUGUGAGGAAGCGGAGUAAGAAGAAGAAGAAACAAACUUUGCCAAGCUUAGAGGAAGAGUACAAGAAGAAGCGUGCAGAACAAGAGAAGGCAAAAAUGGAAAAAGAGCUGAUUAUUCGGGCGGAGGAGGAAGCGAGAGCGAAGGCCGAAUCUAAGAGGAAGGACUUGAGAAAGAAAAUGUUUAAGAAAACCAGAUCAGGUCAGCCUGUCAUGAAAUACAGAAUUCAGCACCUCCUCGAAGGUUUAGCGGAAAAACCAAACUGCAAUAGUUAGAUGGUAAACUAAUUUAGUUUAAUAUAUUUUUUUCUUUUGGUAACCAAUUUUAGCUUCAUAGUUGUGUGUUGUAUUCGUACUCGAGUUAGGGUAAUUUACCAAUUUGAUAAUCAAGAAAUAACAAAAAUGUAAGCAAUCUUAACGGCAGAUCGGCAUAAUGUCCUUUCUGAUCUACAACAGUAAUGCUGUCGAAAUCAUUUCGUUUGAAACUGUUUCUCUUAUGCAUUUGAGUAAUCAAGCACAAGAUUUUGCUAUAAUUUAUACUCUCGAUGAGUUGAAACUUUUGGAA